CAUUGAAUUGAGGUUAGGCCUAUAAAAUGUUUAGUCCACGUGAAAUGAACAGCAAGAACUCCAGUCGAUGCGGAAUAAUGCACUAUUACUAGUGUAAUCUUAUAUGACAUGGAAAGGUUAGUGAUUCCAGAGCUUGAAAAAGCAGCACAUGCCUUGAUGGCUCCUCCUCAGGCUGUCACAUCAGAGGAAAGGCAUUCUGCUGAGCAGGUUUUCUUGGAAUUCAGAAAAACUAAACAGCCCUACAAUUUAUGCAGAUUUAUUUUAGAGAAUUGCCGCAUGGAUUACGUGCUUUUCGAAGCAGCCACCACUUUAAAGGAGGCAGUUGUUAGGGAAUGGAAUCUUCUUCAGAAACAAGAUAUCGAUGGCCUUUGCUCAUUUCUUUUGAAUUACGUUACUCAACAAAAAAGCCUGCAAAAAUUUGUCCGGGAGCAAAUUCUGCAAGUGGUGGCAAUGAUAUUCAAAAGAGGAACUUUAGACAAAUCAACUGAGGGUUGUGGUGACCUCUUGAAAUCUGUGUCUCAGUUGCUUCAUUCUGGCGAUAAAGACAUGCAAAUGGUAUGUUGCUCCAUCAUGAAGGCUUUGCUAACCGAAUACUCCAGCACGUGUCAAUCAGCCAACCUCGGUCUCAGUUUGGAGUACCAUGCCAAGUGUAAAAAAGCCUUUGAGAAUGGCAACCUAUUGACAAUAUUUCAACUUUGCAAAGACAUCCUCAAGACUUACGCAGAGGCUAGCUCUGCUUCUCUUUCAAGGGUGGACACGGCUCUUUUCAUCCGUUAUCUCUCCUUGGCUGAGCAAGUUUUGAACUGGAAUUUCGUUUCUGGGAAUCCUCUGCAGCUGCUUAGAUUUUUGAACGAAACAGCCAAAAUCAGUUUAUUUAGGCCCCCGAGGAGUUGGGAAUCUACAGUUCUGGAUCCAAAUUUCAUAAACCUCUUCAUACAGUUGUACAACCGAUGCUCUGGACACGAGGAGCUGGCACACCACAGUUUGCAAUGUCUCAUUCAGCUGGCGUCCGUCACAGGCUCAGUUUUUGCAGGCCAACAGUCCAAGGGCACUUAUCUCACGCGUUUUAUACAAGGUUUCAAGCAAAUGGUGAAUAGAACAAAAUGGACUGCCCUUGAAGCAUUUGGAUAUGCCAGCAUCGUGAGCCGCAUUGUCAAUGUUUUCCCCGUCUCUACUAUCGCUUCUCUUUCUCCGGAAGUUUUGGGGACAUUCUUAGAAAUACUUGCUUCCUUAACAUGCACUUUCAUGGAGCUAACAAUCAACAAAGAAGAUAUCGAGUUUGAUAGCAAUCAGUACGAGGAUGCCGUCGACCUCCUAUUGGACGCUUGGGUUGUCCUCGUUUCCAAUUUAUCCUCCUUCACAGAUAAUUACUUCAUGUCCUACGCAGUGCAAGUCUUCAACUGCUAUUUGAAAACUCAUCUCGCAAAGCCUGACGGCAUUCGAAAAGACGAUAGUGAAGGAAACGAGAUUGGUGAAAUCGACUGUGAUGUGGAGGAGGACGAUCGCUUAGCUUACUCUGAUGAACUCAGUAACAUAGGAUGUUUAGCGAGGUUGGCUUUGCCACAUGUUUUACCAACUUUGAGCAAGCUCUUGGAAUCACGAACUCUGUCGUUAAUGCGCUCCAUCAAGCAGACUAACGGACAAAAUAUUGACGCCUUAUACGAAGACAUUCAUUGGCUGUUGCUAAUAGCAACUAAUGUCAUCAUGAUGGACUGCAAUGACAAAGAAGCCUCGAUUCCAACUGAUAUUCUCAUGUUCGAAAGCCAACAGCAGAAACGAGGCGAAACCGAUGUGAACUUGAGUGUAAAUUACAUUUCAAAUUUGGGCCGAAGCUGUAGCACUGAUAAAGUGAGCUAUUUGAUGAUUUUGAUAUCAGAAGUAUUUAGACUAGCUGAGUAUAUAUGUGGUGUAUUAAAAAGUGGAAUGGGCAACAUCCUGAGCCCGGAAAUCGCCAGUGAUACGCUCUGGUUUCUCCACUGCUGGUCAUCAUCGUAUUUGUUUCCGGAUUCGGAAGAAGAUAACGUCAUACCGGAGUUAUUCAAGUCCUCUUUCGGUGUAUCAUCGCAAUGUGGACGAAUCAUGCUCGGCUUUGCUAUGGAUGCAGCAGAAACCAAUUUAACGUACAUGCCAGAAGAGCCCACAGUUGCUUUCGACAGCGUUCAACUUCUCCUUAAAAUAUUCUCUAAAGAUUCGAGAAUCAAAGUUGCAAUGGAAUUCCCAAAUAUAUGGAGGCUUGCCGAUCUCCAAGCCAAAGCUGCCUCACAGCUUCAGAAAUUGCCUGUUGAUGUGCAUCGCCACCUUGUGGAAGCGCUGAUGAAAGCUGGGUCACAUGUGCAAGAUUCUGCGUUAAGAGAUAAAUUCUUAGCAACAUUUCUUGGACAGUUCCAGUCAUCGUACAACGAGAUAAGAAAAAAUCCAAAUUUUGAUAAAAUUUGCCAAGAAGAGUCCAUUCGACAGAAACUCAUAUCUCUUUUGGAGACAAUGCGUGGGAUCACAUCUGCCACAAAUCGUAAAAACGCUGAGAUGAUUUUCCAGUUCCUGUCUACUUAUCUCACAGACAUCCCCUAUCUGUUAGAAAAAUAUGCAAACUGCCCUGAUAUUGUUGAGCUUAUUUUUGAAUUAUUUGUCGAUGUGGUUAGGACAGAAAUCAUAUACUUGGAUAGGGAAAAAUCAAAUGCUUUAUGUGGCCUUUGCGUACAGCUUAUCGCCAAUUAUUCUAAAUACAACCUAGGUAGAAUCAGUGCGUUACAUUCAUGCGAAGACGAAUCGUAUCAAGAAAUCUUACUUCUUAUUCGCCUGCUGACACAUAUCCUUUCGAAGGAUUAUCUGGACUUUUCUGAUGAUUCUAAUGGAAAUGAAAAUAGUGUGCUGCUAAAUGCAAUCGAUGCAGUUUUUCACGGCUUACACAUCAUAGUCCCACUUAUGAAUGACGAACUUUUAAAGUUUCCAAGGUUAAGCAAUGAAUAUUUCCAGUUGGUUACAUUUGUUGCUGAGCGUUACCCUGAGAGGAUUGAAAGUCUCCCGGAAAAUUUAUUUUUUACUCUGACAAAAUCACUAGAAAUGGCCUUGAUACAUUUUGGUCCAGAUAUCGCGAAAAAUUCUUUGGAAGCCUUGGUCUCCAUAGCCAGCCACUUUUUCAAAUCAAAGACAGCUGGAAAAGAGGUUGUUGGUCACGUGGAUUCAUCUUUGCAACAUUUCCUCAAAAUUGUGUUUGAACUCAUUCUUGGUAGCAAUUUUGACAUGGAUCUGCUGCAGCCGGCGUCAGAAACUUUGUUUACUUUGAUAUGUUGUCACCAGCAAGAAUACAUGAAAAUGGCGCAAGCGCUUUUAGAGGGACAACACAACACGGAAAAUGCGGACCGCCUCAGAACCUCAUUCCAUGAGCUAACACCAUCUACUCUUAAAUUAUCAAUUGACAAAGUAUCUAUCUCAACCUUUCGAAAAAACCUAGAGAAAUUCUUAUUGGAUGUAAAGGGUUUUCUUUUUGUUAAAUAAUGCCUCGAUAAGAUUUUAAACAUUGUUGUAUAUAUUUAUAUAUUUUGAAAUCACAUCAAGUUUUUAAAUGUUGUUGCAUAUUA